AAAUUCGGUUUGUAUGGGAUUAAUAGAGAGUGUGGAGGCUCUCCGUAGACGGGCUCUGGUUCUCCCCUUAUUAGACAUUCUCUGAACCGUCUCUAAAAUAGCUGUUCCCACAUUCCGACUUCAAAGAACGCGUGCAGUUGGAAGCUUUAUAAUAUCUAUGGUCGGAAGAAUGACGCAAUCACCAUAGACUGGGAACGCACCUAACAAAAAACUCGCAUACUAGCACUAGCUACUAGUUAGCUAGUCAGUAGAUAGUUCCACAAAUUAUGUAGCUACCCGAUUCAGGCUAUGAUACUGCAUUUGUGAGGUUAUGUAUGGUCUACAUUCGCGAUAAGGUCAGUGCCAGCUAAAGCGGACAUCACAAAACCACCUGCAAGUUUGUGAAAUUAUACGUCACACAUUCAUCCCUGGCCAUUAUGGUGGACAACCGUUACGCUACGGCUCUUGUGAUUGGGUCGGUGCUUAGUCUGCUGGCCUGUGUAUACCUGUCGGUAGCGGUGGGCACGCAGCAUUGGUGUCAGUACCAUAGCCCCCCAAUCAGUCAUGAUAGCAGCAAUGCCUCUGAGCUGCGGACCUUAAGGGAGGACUUUCUUGGAGAGGAGAUGGACGAGAAGACGUACAGCGACCCGCUAUUUCGCCUCAAUGGAACGCUUGGUCUCUGGUGGCGCUGUGUUCUCGUGCCUGUCGAUUCUCAUUGGUACAAAGAACCAGAACCCAAAAUGGUGACGCAGUGUGUGAGUUUUACUCUGCCACAACAGUUUGAGGCCAAGUACAGAGAGCCUGGGAACCAUAACACUGGAGAGGACCUCAUCCGCACCUAUCUGUGGAGGUGCCAGUUCUUGUUGCCUCUGGUGUCCUUAGGGCUGGUGUUCUUAAGUGGCCUCAUUGGAGUCUGCGCUUGCCUUUGUCGCAGCCUUACCCCAACAUCAGUUGUUGGAGUGCUACAUCUUUUGGCUGGUUUGUGCUCCCUAGCAACAGUGUGCUGUUUCCUGGCGGGUAUGGACCUGCUGCACCGCGUCUCACCGCUGCCAGAGGUCGUGGACCGCUCUCUAGGCUGGUCGCUCUACCUGGCACUCAUCUCCUCGCCACUCCAGAUGAUGGCUGCUGCCCUCUUCCUGUGGGCCGCCUGCAGCCACCGAAAGAGUUACACCCGCAUGACUGCUUACCGGGUAGCCUAAGAAGCGGCAGCAUCAGCAAACCUGCCCAGACCAUGGCCCUUAAUAGGAGUGGAUUUGUCAGCUGUCUUUUUCUAGAAGAGCUUCUCUCCACAACUAGUCACUCUGGGGUUACUGAAGAUGUGAACAGCUGUAAGCUUCCACAGAAUUACUCUUCUAGUCCUUUUUAACUUCCUGAAACCCUGCUUUUAAUCUUUCAUCCCUUAUUCUGUCCAGCUGUUCUUUCACUUAAUCAAUCAAAUAGGUAAUUUAUGAAUCGUAGUCUGGGGUUAAAUUUGAGAUCAGUUAUCUUAUGAAUAAAAUGUAAGAUACAAAAAUAGGGAAAUAUUUGCAGGGAUACAUUUAGUUCUUGGGUUUGUGAAUGUGCUACAGGGUGAUUGAUGGCUCUCAGGAAUAUGACUAAAAUGUAGCCAGAGAACUCUGCACAUCUGUGCUUUUUGUUCAGCAGUAAAUCCCUUGAGCAGUUUUAAGUUUUACUGGUGCAAGGGAACAUCAUGGAAAGCAUCCAAGCAAGAGUACACCUCCAUAGCAGCAGCAGUCCGCUACCAUGAGGGUAUUUAUCCCAUAAAAUUCAGCUCUAUCAUUUUUAACACCAAGAUGGAUGGAAUGGCUAGACCGAUUAAUACAUACACUCUUAAAAUUAAUGUUUUGUCCCCAUCUGGACACAACGCUAGUUGUGUUGUUUUUAACGCAAGUUGUGUUAUUUUCAACACAUAUUUUGUAACAAAUUAAAAAAGGAAACAACACAAACUGUUGUCCUGAUCUGUACACAGUGAUGUGUUAAAAACAAUACAAGUUGUGUUGUUUUCAGCACAUUCGUUUUAAGAGUGUACAAAUACAUCAAUGUGUUAUGCACACAAUUGAAGACCGAAAAGCUGUGUUUAUGUAAUCUCACUUAACUUCUUGAGUCUUUAAUUAUUUUAAUGAAAUGUGUUUUUUACACUUGUUAAAUCUUGACUCGAUUAUGUUGACACUAUUGGAUAGGGGUGUCACGAUUUUGAUUUUAUAUCGAAAUCGAUCGUUAUUACAUCUCAAUCUCGAACCUCAAACUCAAAGGUAGAAUCGACGAUGUAGCCACACCCCCAAUGUCACGUCCAGCAUGUAUGCCAAGAUGAAAAAACACACACACACACACGUGCUGAACUGCGGCGUCAACACUCCUCUAAUUUUAGGCUGCAGCCAGUUAAAUAUACACAUCAAUCAAACGAAAUAAAAGCUCCUUUUGCUACUCUGAGAUCAUGGUGUGGAAGUAUUAUUCCGUUCAUUCACGUCAAUUAACAUCAACUUAGCCUACUCAAGUAGGCUCUAGUUACGAUCCAAAAUUACUUUAAGGCCUAAAAUGCACAUUGAUAAGUACAUAUUCCAUGAAGACUAACCUUGGGUCUCGUCGUAGUGUGCUGAAACAAUCAAAUUAUCAUUCUGUGUUGUUUCAUUUCACUAUGUUCACGUCUGUUUAAUGUUCGUUCUGUUUACAACCUAAAAAGUAAAUAACAUAAGGAAUUCAUUAAUAGUAAUAUAUAUUGUUUAAAAAAGAUCGAAAAUAGAAUCGAAUCAUGACUAAAAUCAAAAAUUAAAUCGAAUCGAGAAUUUGGAGAAUCGUGGCACCCCUACUUUUGGAUGGGACUACAUUGUGGGUAGUAUGAAGUUGGAGAUGAAAACCUGCUGCAUAGUGGUGCUAUUGACAAGCCAAUUACAUUAUUGUAGCACUGCUAAAAUAGGACGGGCUAAGAACACAUAACAUAAGCACACCUGAAGUCACUUAGUUAUAGCAUGUACCUAUGUUGAUGCUUUAUCGUGUGGUGGAAUGUUAAGUGUGUGUGUGUGAGUUCCUGUUUCUGCAGUAUAUAUCUUUUAUUUUACAUUUUCCUUUUUUGUAUGUGCAUUUUUCCCUCAUGUGCUUUCAUACCCUUACAGGGAUAAAAUGCAGUAACAUUGGCCUUCUCAUUUUGAUAUUUUAAGCAAAUGAUGCAGUAGAGUUGUUUUAGUCCUUAUGUUUCUUUCUUCUCUAAAUAGUUUUCUGCUGUUUUGUGGAUAUAAUUCUUUUUGGUUGCACUUCUUUGUUUAACAUCCUUUGUGGUCUUGAAACUGUACUUGCUAUUGCCUAUUUGGGUUUGUCAUGUGGUUAAUUUUUACACACUGUGGUCAAACAUGUGUAUUGAAUGCCUAGAAAUGGACAGCACACCACUCUUUGCUAAUGUUUUCAGUAUUUAUUGAGAUUCUAUUUGUUUUUGUUUUCUAGCUGUGCCACUCCAGUUAACCUGUGUCUUUUUGUGAGAUCUCUACUUUGUUUUGUAUAUGUGAGUGUGUUUUCACCAGUCCAGACUAUUGUAAAUGUGGUUGGAAGCCUGAUAGAACUUUGGAAAAGUAGACAAUAAGUCGGAUUUCUUCUGCGUGCUGGCAAUAACCUAAAAUCGGUUUGACAAAUACCUCACUUCAAAGAGUUCACAUUAUCUGAAUAGUGAGUUUUUGUACGUGUUUUUAUACUUUAUACAGUUCAAAUGAACACUGCUGUUAGUAAUAAAUACCAGGCUUGCAAUGUU